AUGAGUUGCGUGGAAAAGGAUUGUCGAAAUUACAUUGAAAAAGUGAGACGAUUAAGACUUGGGGAAGGGGACGCCACCGCAAUACAAACGUACUUUUCAAAAAUGCAAGCACAGUGCUCGGGCUUUUUCUUUAGUAUAGAUCUGGAUGAUGAUUCCCGAUUGAAGAACAUAUUUUGGACAGAUAAUCGCUGUAGACAAGCGUAUAAGAAAUUCGACGAUGUUGUUACAUUUGAUACCACUUACUUGACAAAUAAGUACGACAUGCCGUUUGCCCCUUUUGUUGGCGUUAAUCAUCACGGACAAUCCAUACUGUUGGGUUGUGGAUUGGUAUCGAAUGAAGACACAGAAACUUUUGUGUGGUUGUUUAGAACAUGGCUCCAGUGUAUGCAUGGACAAGCACCGCAGGGGAUAAUUACCGAUCAGGACAGGGCAAUGCAAAAUGCAAUUCAAACAGUUUUCCCGAACACAAGAUAUAGAUGGUGUUUGUGGCACAUUCUGAAAAAGUUGCCUGAGAAGUUUGGACAACACGAAAAUAAGGCAUCAAUAUUUGGAUCGAUACACAGAUUGGUAUACGAUUCACAGUUUGUCCAGGAGUUCGAAGAAGGUUGGGCUGGUAUGAUUGAUACGUACGGCUUGCAUGAGAACGAUUGGUUGUCCGGACUAUAUGCAAACAGAGCUCGCUGGACAUCAUUAAAGCAAUUUGUCAAACAGUAUGAGCGAGCACUACGCAGUAAAGUUGAAAAAGAGUUCCAAGCUGAUUUCAAAUCAUUUGCGCAAACAUUACCGUGUGUCACAGAUUAUGAAAUGGAGCAGCAGUUUCAAUCAGUUUACACUAUUUCUAAAUUCAAGGAGGCUCAGGCUGAGUUUACGGGAAAGGUUUACUGCGAUCUCAUCUCUACUUCAGAAGGACCCUCAGGGACGAUGUAUGAGAUGUUCAUAAAAACCAUGACGGAAAGCUCUAUUGGGAUGCUAGCUCCAACCAUGGAGAUGUUGGGAUUCAAGAAUUUUAGUCAGAAUCUUGUAUUUGCAUACUCUAUAAUGUAUACACAGUUUAAGGCUCAUCUGAUGAUGUUCUAG